AUGCCCACGUUCGAUCCAUCCUCCCAAUCGUCAUACCCUGCGACCGCCGUCACUCACGUGGCGUUCGAUGUGGACGUGGACUUCGACGAGAAGAUCAUCUCCGGGACUGCGACCGCGAGUGUGAAGGUUCAAUCGCAGAGCUCAACCCUCGUGUUGGACACGCGCGAUCUGCACAUCGAGCGUGUGCAACUCGACGGUGCCGAUCUGACGUUCUCGAUUGGCGAAACCCACCCGGUGAUGGGCGCGCCGCUCGUUAUCGAGCUCGACAAGCAGAUGGAGAAGGACUCGUCGUUCGACGUUGUCAUUACGUAUCGCACGUCGCCGUCCUCGUCCGCUGUUCAGUGGCUCAGGCCCGAGCAGACCGCCGGGGGAAAACACCCUUACCUGUUCACGCAGUGCCAAGCGAUUCACGCGAGGUCGUUGUUCCCGUGCCAGGAUACCCCCGGCGCCAAGAUGACUUACAGCGCCAAGGUGACCGCCCCGAACCCCUUGACCGCGCUCAUGUCCGCCAUUCCGAUCGGCGAACCCGCGGAUGCUGGCGACGGCAAGAGUUCGUUCGAGUUUAAACAGGACGUGCCCAUCCCGCCUUACCUCCUGGCGCUGGCGGUGGGCAACGUGGAGGCUGUGGAGAUUGGACCGCGUUCGAAGGUUUGGAGCGAGCCCGAGAUGGUCCAGGCGGGUGCUUUUGAAUUCAGCGAGACUGAGGAUUUCCUCAAGGCGGCAGAGCAGGUGGCGGGACCAUACGUCUGGGGCAGGUACGACCUGCUCCUCCUGCCGCCUUCGUUCCCUUACGGAGGCAUGGAGAACCCUUGCCUCACGUUCGUUACCCCCACGCUGCUUGCGGGGGAUCGAAGCCAGGCGCAUGUGGUGGCGCACGAGAUUGCGCACUCGUGGAGCGGUAACCUCGUGACCAACAAAACCUGGGAGCACUUCUGGCUCAACGAGGGGUUCACCGUCUUCAUCGAGAGGAAGAUCAUGAACAAGAUGUACGGCAAAAGCGUUUUCGACUUCAACGCCAUCGGCGGCUUGAUGGAGCUUAAAGAGACCGUGGCCCGCUUGGGUACGAAUCACCCUCACACCGUUCUCAAGCCCGAACUCGCGGGGGGUGUCGACCCAGACGACGUCUUCUCAAAGGUUCCCUACGAGAAAGGCUUCGCAUUUUUGGUCUACCUCGAGCACAUGACCCGCGGCGACGGUGACGGACCAGAGCGCGCCGACGCGGCCAACGGCACCCCGGAGUUUGCAGAGUUUCUCAUCGAGCACUUCCAGCGCCACCAGUACGCCACAGUCGAGUCCGAUGACUUCAAGGCUGCGUACACGGCUCGGUUCCCUGAGGCGUCCGCGCAGGUAGACUGGGACGCGUGGCUCACCAAACCUGGCAUGCCCCCCGUGGACAUCGGGCAAUACUACGACGGCGGGUCCUCGGAGGCUUCCGCGGAGCUCGCGCGUAAGUGGCACCUGUGCGAUGUGCUCGGCAUGGGUGGAGAAGGGACCAGGCCCGAGGGCGCAUCCGCGGGUGAUAUCAAGGAUUUCUCGUCGAUGCAGGUGGACCAUUUUCUCCUCUCGCUGAUUGAAUACCGCGGCGGUUCACACGCUCUUUCCGUCAACGUUGUCAAGUCCCUCGAUGAGCUGUACAAACUUAGCGAGUUCAAGAACAGCGAGAUUCGUUGCAAGUGGCUGCAGCUCAGGUUGGCCGCCGGCGAUGCCGGUGCGUUCGAACCGGCGAGGGACAUGCUGCGGUCCCAAGGGCGUAUGAAGUUCUUGAGGCCGUUGUACCGGUCGUUAUCCAAGAGUAAGGCGGAGGGUGGGAAGAAGUUCGCCGAGGAAACUUUCGCGGGUGCGAGAAACAUGUACCACCCCAUCGCCGAGAAGAUGGUCGCCGCGGAUCUAGGAAUGUGA